CCCUCUUCCACUAUACGUUUCGUGUGGAUUGUCGGACUGCGCGUCAGAGCGCACAUGAGAAUAGACCCGCCUCUUGGUUUUGGUGCGCUCGUUGCGUCUCUCCUCCCUGUCCGCUUCAAACCCAUAUUCCACUGGGAGGGAGGGAGAGAGAGAGAGAGAGUGAGAAAGAGAGAGAGAGAGAGAGAGCGCAGGACCUGGGAGAAGAGCAGCGAAAGAAAAAGAGACGAAAAACGGAACAACGACACAAAUGGCACUCAUGGCAGGGAUUUUGCUCACGGCCCCCUUUCUGGUUUUUGGGAUUUCUACGUUUGUCUCGUCGGCACGGAUAUACCCCCCCAACGAAGUCACGUUGCUGGACUCCAGAUCCGUACAGGGGGAGCUGGGAUGGGUGGCCAACCCCACAGAAGGAGGGUGGGAGGAAGUGAGCAUUAUGGAUGAAAAGAACAUUCCCAUCCGGACGUACCAGGUGUGUAACGUCAUGGAGCCAAACCAGAACAACUGGCUCCGCACCGACUGGAUCCCACGAGGCGGCGCCCAGCGCGUCUAUAUCGAGAUCAAGUUCACCCUGCGGGACUGCAACAGCCUCCCGGGGGUCAUGGGAACCUGCAAGGAGACCUUCAACCUCUACUACUACGAGUCCAACAACGACAAGGAGCGCUACAUCCGCGAGAACCAGUUCGGCAAGAUCGACACCAUCGCCGCGGACGAGAGCUUCACCCAGGUGGACAUCGGCGACCGCAUCAUGAAGCUCAACACGGAGGUCCGGGACGUGGGGGCCCUGAGUCGAAAGGGCUUCUAUUUGGCCUUCCAGGACGUCGGGGCGUGCAUCGCGCUCGUGUCCGUCAGGGUCUUCUACAAGAAAUGUCCGCUGGCGGUGAGGAACCUGGCCCAGUUCCCCGACACCAUCACCGGAGCCGACACCUCCUCCCUCGUGGAGGUUCGCGGCUCGUGCGUGGAUAAUUCCGAGGAGAAGGAGGUUCCGAAGAUGUACUGCGGGGCGGACGGGGAGUGGCUGGUGCCCAUUGGGAAUUGCCUGUGUAACCCCGGAUACGACGAGCGCAACGCGGAAUGCCAAGGUAACGGAUCGCCGUUCGCCCCUCCGUAGAUCAGUCAACUUUCUACCUCCUGCCUUUUUUGUCCUCGUUCUUCUAUC